UCUAAAAAAAGAUACAAUGGAACAAAAUUUAAAUAAUAGAGUGUAUAUAAAUCCAAAUUUUAAAAGAACAGAUAAUGAUCCCUGGCCCACAUCACCAAUUAAAACAACACACUUUAACCGACACUAUCUGGAGGAAAUGCCAAACCUAAUUUCCCCAAAAACCAAUGAAACAAUGAUUAACAAUAGAAAAAUAUAUGUCAACCCUAAUUUUAUAAGCGGCAACAAUGUCACGCAAACCAAUCCACCAGCAAGUGCAGUAUAUUUUGAAAGGAAUAAAAAUGUGAAUAAUGCAUCAAAUAUACAGCUAUUACACAGAUCUAAAUAUUCUCUCAUACAAAAUUUCCAUCAGAGUAUCGUAAAUGAAGCACAAACAAGUAAUAUUAUAGAAAUUAAUAAAAACUAUGCACUGGCAUCAAAUCUUACAGCCACCCAAGUUAAUAAGAAGAGUAAUACUCAAGGCAUACAACCAGCAAGGGCUUUAAAUAUUGAUACAAAUGAAAUUGUGAAUAAUGCAAUAAGUAAACAGCUUAUAUAUAAAUCUAAAUAUUCAUUAGUACAAAAUGUUCUAAGUAAAGAACAAGUAAAAGCUAAUAUAGAAAAAAAUAAAAACAAUCAAAAUACUAAGAAACCAACACAGGAAGUACUCUUGACAAGAUCUCGUUAUUGCAUUGUCAGAAAGAAAAAGAGAUUAUCUGUAACUGUUGAGCAAGGAAUUCAAAACAAUUCCCCAACAGACUUAGUAACUGCUAAGUAUCCUGUAACUUUGGCAUCUGUAAAUCAAUUGACUCGUUAUUCAAAUCUGCAUUCAAUUAAAAACAGUCAAAAGAACAAAGUCAGUUGUAAAACACCUGAAAAAAUUACAAAAAUUAAAUUAUCUAAGUAUAAAACCGUACCUGCUAGCUAUUUAAAAAAGAAUACUGCUGUAGAGAUAAAUACAAGAUUAAGUUCUUCUUUAAGUACACUCAAUAGAAGUAGAUUCAGGUUUAUUAAACCCAGUACACCUAUUAAAUUUACUACACCUGUAUCCUCAAUAAAGGCAGCAUCAAGAAUUAUACAACACAUUGAAAAGAGUGCAUGCAGUGGAAGUAAAGUGAAGUCAUCAAAAUCCUUAAGAGCUAAAUUCAAUAUAAACAAUAUUCCAUGUAGAUUAUUCACGAAGUUUGGAAAAUGCUUGAGGAAAGAUCAUGGAAGCUGUAAAUACUUGCACGAUAAGAAGCAUGUGUCAUUGUGCCGCAAAUUCUUAAAAGGUAUCUGCCAUGACAAAAACUGUUCUCUAUCACAUGAGACAACGGCAAAAAAGAUGCCCACAUGUUAUUUUUAUCUGAAGGGAAUGUGCACCAAGGAUGGUUGUCCAUACUUACAUGUGAAACUAAGUGAUAAAACCAAGAUUUGCGAGGAAUUCGCAAAAGGAUAUUGUGAGAAUGGUGACAAGUGUCCAUUUAAACAUGUUGAUCAAUUAAAAAAGGCAAAAAAAUCUUCUCGGAUCAAUCGGAGAUGUUCACAAAAUAGAGAUUCAAACUCUACCCAAAAAAAAAGUGAAAAUAAAAUCCUAGAAAAUUGUGAAAAACAUAUGAAUUCAGGAGAAAUAAAAGAACAUGAUGAUAAUGAUUGUAGGUAUUACAAAGAAUUAAUUAACAGUGAUGAUAGUUAUGAGACUAUUAAACCUAAAAGAUGUAAAUUAGGUACCUUGCCGUCAUUUAUACAGUUGUAAUUAUUAUAGUUAGAAAAAUAUGUCACCUAUUUUAUUUUUGGUAUGAAGAUUAGAGUAA